AUGCCACCACUCCGCCGACUCAGUCAGGCUAAGGCCUCAUCAAGGCCUAAAUCCCCACAGUCCCGGAAGCCACCCCGCCGACGACUUAGUUUAGAUGGAAUAAGGAGUCAACCUGAUUGGGACUCCAUGGAUCUAGAUAGCAAGGUUAACCAGUCUCUUGAUGUUCUCAAAGACACGGGAGCGAUUGGGAAAAGUGGUCCCUGGAAGCAUCUUUUUAGCAUCGCUGGCUGCGUUUCAGAACACCGGUCCCGCCCUCGUGAUGGCGACUCACCUGCUUGCCGCUCUGCUGUGCUGCGCUACGGCUCUCCUGGUGGCGGCCACUUCCCCCCUGUGACAUGCGUCGAUGACGCAGGGGCGGCGGCGACUAUCUUGGCCGUGCAACACAUCAACGAGCAUCACAAGCACGGCUACAAGUUCAAGCUGGACGAAGCCCAAGCCAGCAACUUUCAACAGGGGUCAGACCGUUGCCAUUUUGAUCUCAUGUUCAAGUUGAGACAGACCAAAUGCCACGUCAGCAACCCCAAAUCUCACGAGGACUGCGAAGUCAUGUCGCGCACCGACCGGGGCGCGUUGGCCACCUGCAACAGCACGGUUGAGGUGGUAGGGGGCGUGGCCCACAUUGUCUCGCACAAUUGUGACACCAAAGCAGAGUUCACCAACGCCGAGAUUGCAAUGAUUUGUGCCACCUGCCACGGCUUGAUGCCUUUGGAUGACGAGACGGGCGCGAAGGCGGCUCAGGCGGCCGUCAAAAAGUACAACCAGCAGAACAACCAUCUUCACUACUUUGGCCUGAUGGAGAUUUCACAGCUGCAGACCUAUUACAUCCCGAGCCCGACCGGCGGCACCUUCUUGAGACUAGAGUUCGCCCUGGUGGAGACGGUCUGUCCAAAAGAUUCCAGGAUCGCCCAAGAAGCCUGUGAAGCACGCUGCCCCGAUCGAGCUCAUCACGCCUUCUGCAAGACGAGAUACAGAAUCAACGGAGAAGAAGUUGGAGAUCUUGACUGUGAACUGUAUCUCCCCAAAGAUAUCACCCCGCUAGCGGACGGCCAGAUAGAGCCCGCGUGCGUGUUGUUUCACAACAGUCAGGAAGAUGCCGCCUGCCACCACCAUGUUGGCAACCAACAGCCGGAGAUCCACCAGAUAUGCCCCUUCCCGCCUGCCGUGUUGCAUGCGGGACAUGCGGAUGCGUAAAAAAUCGCGUUCUGGUAUACUAGGUCUAAAUAAAGACAAAUUUGAAACCUUUUAGCUGUUCUUCCUUGG